AUGGGGAAGCAGAACAGCAAACUCCGCCCAGAGGUGAUGCAGGACCUGCUGGAGAGCACGGACUUCACAGAGCAUGAGAUCCAGGAGUGGUACAAGGGCUUCCUGAGGGACUGCCCCAGCGGGAACCUCUCCAUGGAGGAGUUCAAGAAGAUCUACGGUAACUUCUUCCCCUACGGAGACGCCUCCAAGUUCGCCGAGCACGUCUUCCGCACCUUCGACGCCAACGGGGACGGGACCAUAGACUUCCGGGAGUUCAUCAUCGCUCUGAGCGUCACGUCACGGGGCAAGCUGGAGCAGAAACUGAAGUGGGCCUUCAGCAUGUACGACCUGGACGGGAACGGAUACAUCAGCAAGUCUGAGAUGCUGGAGAUCGUACAGGUGAGACAGGAACAGAGAGGUGGGAUUUGUAGUUCUGGUGUGAGUUAUUUGUAGGCCCAGCGUGUACGACCUGGACGGGAACGGAUACAUCAGCAAGGCAGAGAUGCUGGAGAUCGUACAGGUGAGACAGGAACAGAGAGGUGGGAUUUGUAGUUCUGGUGUGAGUUAUUUGUAGGCCCAGCGUGUACGACCUGGACGGGAACGGAUACAUCAGCAAGUCAGAGAUGCUGGAGAUCGUACAGGCGAGGAUUGACCUUCAGUAGUGUAUAGUCGACUGGUUGUCUUCUGUAUCGUGGUUCAUGUUGACUGAUUUAUUUGUUGAUCAGCAACAAUCCUACUGUUGGAUUUCACUCCCGUACGCCUGCACAUUCCAGUGUCUAUUGCAAUAUAUACUCAUGUUAAUUCCUGGUAAAAAAAAAUUGCAGAUGCCCCCAGACAGAAAGUGGCCAGAUCGGUUUUGAAACAGCAGCAACACUGUCUUUAUCCAUAAGACAUAGCAGUCCUAGCUCCCAGCCCGCUGGCAGACAGUCCCGCUGUAUCAACAGGACAUGUACUCUAAAGACUUUGCUAUGGCCAUCUAUCUAGUAGAGAAACACUUGGAGAAAAAAUACUUUACUAGGGAUUCAAGUAUUUCUUGACAAUGUAAUUGUCCUUGGCAGGCCGUUGCUUGGACCAUAUUCCUCCAACAGAACCGGCCAGACCACGUUGUGUUGCAAAGUGAAGAUAUCGUGUGACAUAAAAUUGUUAUCAUCAUGGAACAUUUAGCGAGAGCUUCAUUAGUUAUUUGUAGAUAUCUAUACUGAACAAAAAUAUAAACGCAACAUGCAACAAUUUAAAAGAUUUUACUGAGUUACAGUCCUAAUCUAUGGAUUUCACAUGACUGGGAAUACAGAGAUGCAUCUGUUGGUCACAGAUACCUUUAAAAAAAAAAGGUAGGGGUGUGGAUCAGAAAACCAGUCAGUAUCUGGUGUAAUCACAAUUUGCCUCAUGCAGCGUGACACAUCUCCUUCGCAUAGAGUUGAUCAGGCUGUUGAUUGUGGCCUGUGGAAUGUUGUCCCACUCCUCUUCAAUGGCUGUGCGAAGUUACUGGAUAUUGGCGGGAACUGGAACACGCUGUCGUACACGUCGAUCCAGAGCAUCCCAAACAUGCUCAAUGGGUGAUAUGUCUGGUGAGUAUGCAGGCCAUGGAAGAACUGGGACAUUUUCAGCUUCCAUUAAUUGUGUACAGAUCCUUGCGACAUGGGGCCGUGCAUUAUCAUGCUGAAACAUGAGGUGAUGGCGGCGGAUGAAUGGCACGACAAUGGGCCUCAGGAUCUCGUCACGGUAUCUCUGUGCAUUCAAAUUGCCAUUGAUAAAAUGCAAUUGUGUUCGUUGUCUGUAGCUUAUGCCUGCCCGUACCAUAACCCCACCGCCACCAUGGGGCACUCUGUUCACAACAUUGACAUCAGCAAACCGCUCACCCACACAACGCCAUACUGCCCGGUACAGUUGAAACCGGGAUUCAUCCAUGAAGAGCACACUUCUCCAGUGUGCCAGUGGCCAUCGAAGGUGAGCAUUUGUCCACUGAAGUCAGUUACGACGCCGAACUGCAGUCAGGUCAAGACCCUGGUGAGGACGACGAGCACGCAGAUGAGCUUCCCUGAGACGGUUUCUGACAGUUUGUGCAGAAAUUCUUCGGUUGUGCAAACCCACAGUUUCAUCAGCUGUCCGGGUGGCUGGUCUCAGACGAUCCGCAGGUGAAGGAGCCGGACGUGGAGGUCCUGGGCUGGCGUGGUUACACGUGGUCUGGGGAGGUCCUGGGUUGGCGUGGUUACACGUGGUCUGCGGUCGUGAGGCCGGUUGGACGUACUGCCAAAUUCUCUAAAAUGAUGUUGGAGGCGGCUUAUGGUAGAGAAAUUAACAUUAAAUUAUCUUGCAACAGCUCUGGUGGACAUUCCUGCAGUCAGCAUGCUAAUUGCACGCUCCCUCAAAACUUGAGACAUCUGUUGCAUUAUGUUGUGUGACAAAACUGCACAUUUUAGAGUGGCCUUUUAUUGUCCUCAGCACAAGGUGCACCUAUGUAAUGAUCAUGCUGUUUAAUCAGCUUCUUGAUAAGCCACACCUGUCAGGUGGAUGGAUUAUCUUGGCAAAGGAGAAAUAUUCAAUAAACAGGGAUGUAAACAAAUUUGUGCACCAAAUUUGAGAGAAAUACGUUUUUUGUGCGUAUGGACAAUUUCUGGGACCUUUUUAUUUCAGUUCAUGAAUCACUUUACAUGUUGCGUUUAUAUUUUUGUUCAGUGUAUAAUAUGGUGUCUGUGUGUUUUAUUCUGCAGGAGAUCUAUAAGAUGGUGUCUGUGUGUUUUAUUCUCCAGGAGAUCUAUAAGAUGGUGUCUGUGUGUUUUAUUCUCCAGGCGAUCUAUAAGAUGGUGUCUGUGUGUUUUUAUUCUCCAGGAGAUCUAUAAGAUGGUGUCUGUGUGUUUUAUUCUCCAGGAGAUCUAUAAGAUGGUGUCUGUGUGUUUUAUUCUCCAGGAGAUCUAUAAGAUGGUGUCUGUGUGUUUGUUCUCCAGGAGAUCUAUAAGAUGGUGUCUGUGUGUUUUAUUCUCCAGGCGAUCUAUAAGAUGGUGUCAUCUGUGAUGAAGAUGCCAGAGGAUGAGUCGACUCCAGAGAAGAGAACAGAGAAGAUCUUCAGACAGAUGGACACAAACAGAGACGGUGGGUCUCAUCUCAUCCACCUCAACACAUUACAGCCUAUAUUGGGAGCGUUAGUGUUAAAGUAGCUGGAGCAGUAAACUUUCAAUACCUUCAAAACUAUUGUUAGAUUAAUUUGUAUUUUUAAGAAUAAUGACUAAAGGAUUUCACCCCAAAUACAGUAUAAAUGUGUGAACUGUGUUAGAAUUAUAAUGUAUUGUCAACCUACUAACAGAGGGGGGCGGGACUAAACAUUCCAGGGUGAAAGGGACUGAGAAAAUGGGUUACAGGGGAGGGGGCCUCCUAGAGGUGGGCGGAGCAGGGUGCCUUGGUGUGGAAGGAGUAUAAAACAGUAUGUAUGUGUUUUGGGCGGCAGAGCUCUCCAUGAAUAAAGAUACAGAUAAUCCUUGUGGGUUGUGGACCUUUGAAUCAUUGAUGAUUAAAACCAGAGCCUUACAACCUCUGGUAAUGAUUCAAGCUUAGGUUGAAUUAGAGAUAUAAAUUCUUGUAACAACUAUAUAUCUGUUUUUAUAUAUAAAUAUAUAUAAAUGUGAAUAUUUGUAGCUACUUUUGAAGUUAAUACCUGCCGUCAACUUGUACAGUAUGUUAGGCGAUAAAGCUGGUUGGCGUUCUUCAUUUCACCUGUUACGUUAUUUUACAUUAUGAGCUUACCGUAGAUCCCCAAACAGUUGACCCACAACGGGAGACGGUGGUCCAUAGUUUCUAUAUCACAGUGACCCCAUACGUUCUAUAUCAUCACCCAUAGGGGUUCUAAUCUAUCGGAGCCCAUGCUUUAAAAUACUACAGUAGUCCAUGUGUUUCUAUAUAAAAUCAGUGACCCAUAGCGUUCUAUAUUUUUAAAAACCCAUAGUUUCUAUAUCAUCAUGGCCCAUAGCUUCUAUACUAUAAAAUGAGCCCAUAUGUUCUAUAUCUUCAGUGGUCCAUAGUUCUAUACUAUUGAGUCCUUGUUCUAUAUCCAGGUCCAUAUGUUCAUAUCUAUCAUGGUCCAACGUUCUAUAUCUAUCGUGAUCCUGUUGGGAGCCCUGGUUUCAUUCUUCAGUGAUCUCGCGGUACCCCAUAGUUUCUUACUACAGGAGCCUAUGUUCAUUCUAUCAUGACCCCAUAGUGUUCUAUAUCUACAUGAUCAUAUUUUUCUAUAUCAUCAGUGAGCCAUAGCGUUCUAUUCAUCAUGGUCUCUGCUGGGGGCCCCAUAUGUUCUAUAUCUAUCAUGAGUCCAAGUGUUCAUAUCCAUCAGUGAGUCCUGGCUUUCAAAUUCAUCAGUGAGUCUCUGCUGGUGAGCCCAAGCGUUCUAUAUCUUCGUGAGCCCAUACUUUCUAUUCUAUCAUGAGCCCAUGUUUUUCAACUAUCAGUGGGGCCCCUGCUUCUUUCUUCAGGAGCCCUAGCUUCAUAUCAUCAUGAGUCUCCGGGGUGACCCAUAGGUUCUUUCUAUGUGAGUCUCUCUGGUGACCCUAGGGGUUCUAUAUCUACUUGAUCUCUGUUGGUGACCAUAGCGUUCAAAAUUCUACGUAGCCAUACUUCUAUAUCACAUGGUCCAUAGUGUUCUAAUCUAUCUGAGCCCAUGUGUUUCUUUUUCCUCAGGGGUCCGCUGGUGAGCCCAUAGUUUCUAUAUCUACAGUAUCUCUCGGGGGUGAUCCAUUGUUCUUAUCUAUCAUGAUCCCCUGCUGUGACCCCCAUAGUGUUCUAUACUUCUGAUCUCUCGGGUGGGGGCCCAUACGUUCUAUAUUUCUUAUUAUCUCUUUUUGGUACCCAUACGUUCUAUAUCUAUCGGUGGCCCCGUUCUAUUCUACAUGACCCUAGUGUUCAUACUAUCAUAGUCUCUGCUGGUGACCCAAGCGUUCUAUUCUAUCAUGAUCUCUGCUGGGGAGCCCAUACUUUCUAUAUCAUCAUGAGUCUCGCGGGUGAGCCCAUACGUUCAAAAUAUCUAUCAAUCUCCGGGAGCCCACUUCAUUCUUCAGUGUCUCUGUUGGUACCCCCAUGGGUUCUAUACAUCUUAUCUCUCGGGUGACCCAUACGUUUAAUCUAUCAGUGGGUCUCGCUGGUGCCCCCAUAGCGUUCUAUUCUAUAGUGACCCUCUCGGGGACCCAUAGCUUCAAUCACGGGAUCCGCGGUGACCCAUAGCGUUCAAAAUUUCAUCUGAGUCCAUAGUUUUUCUAAUUCUAUCAGUGAGUCCAUUGUUCUAAUAUCAGUGAUCCGCGGGUGACCCAUAGCGUCUUAUCUAUCGGUGAGCCCCUCUGUUGAAAAGGCCACCUGGGGUAUGAAGUUGCACUUUCUGCCAAAUCAUCCAAGCUUUUUUAUUUCUCUGUACAGGGGCCAUUUUUGUCCCACGCUUCCACAGCUCUGUUUUUUUUUCCCCUCUCUUCCUUCAAAAAGCAUAAACUACUUUGUUAUUUCUAAAUUUCUCUUUUUCCUUUCCCUUGAAAAGCCCCCUUUCCUCCCCAAAUACUUCCCGGGUACUACCAGCUAGCUUGUUAUAACUUUAUGAGCUGGAUUUGUCUGUCUUUGCAAUUCAUUUAUGUACGUUUAGCUAACAGCGUCCAUGUGAUUUCGUUAUUAGUUUGUGCUAAAUUUGUUAGCAUUCUGGUAAUAGAGGCCCAAUGGGCUUUUCUCACGUUCUUAGCGCCCCCUUGUGUGCUCUGCCGGUAAUACCCUCAAUCCCGGGAUGAUAGGAGGAUGGUAUGACAAUAUGAAAAUGGGGAUACUGUCCAAGCCUAGCUAGUUAUAUAAUGUUGAUUCUCUGUGACUGAAGCUUCCUGGCUAGAGAGGACAGGUCACUCUUACUCAGACAACAACGCUUCAUCCCAGCUGCCAAACUAACCCUGAUUCAGAUGACCAUCCUACCCACGCUAGAUUACGGAGACGUUAUUUAUAGAUCGGCAGGUAAGGGUGCUCUCGAGCGGCUAGAUGUUCUUUACCAUUCGGCCAUCAGAUUUGCCACCAAUGCUCCUUAUAGGACACAUCACUGCACUCUAUACUCCUCUGUAAACUGGUAAUCUCUGUAUACCAGUCGCAAGACCCACUGGUUGAUGCUUAUUUAUAAAACCCUGUUAGGCCUCACUCCCCCCUAUCUGAGAUACCUACUGCAGCCCUCAUCCUCCACAUACAACAUCCGUUCUGCCAGUCACAUUCUGUUAAAGGUCCCCAAAGCACACACAUCCCUGGGUCGCUCCUCUUUCCAGUUCGCUGCAGCUAGCGACCGGAACGAGCUGUAAAAAACACUCAAACUGGACAGUUUUAUCUCCAUCUCUUCAUUCAAAGACUCAAUCAUGGACACUCUUACUGCCAGUUGUGGCUGCUUCACGUGAUGUAUUGUUGUCUCUACCUUCUUGCCCUUUGUGCUGUUGUCUGUGGACAAUAAUGUUUGUACCAUGUUUUAUGCUGCUACCAUGUUGUGUUGCUACCAUGUUGUGUUGUUGUCUUAGGUCUCUCUUUAUGUAGUGUUGUGGUGUCUCUCUUUAUAUAGUGUUGUGGUGUCUCUCUUUAUGUAGUGUUGUGGUGUCUCUCUUUAUGUAGUGUUGUGGUGUCUCUCUCUCUCUCUUUAUGUAGUGUUGUGGCGUCUCUCUUUAUGUAGUGUUGUGGCGUCUCUCUUUAUGUAGUGUUGUGGUGUCUCUCUCACUUUAUGUAGUGUUGUGGUGUCUCUCUCACUUUAUGUAGUGUUGUGGUGUCUCUCUCUCAUUAUGUAGUGUUGUGGUGUCUGUCUCUCUUUAUGUAGUGUUGUGGUGUCUCUCUUUAUGUAGUGUUGUGGUGUCUCUCUUUAUGUAGUGUUGUGGUGUCUCUCUCUCUUUAUGUAGUGUUGUGGUGUCUCUCUCUCUUUAUGUAGUGUUGUGGUGUCUCUCUCUCUUUAUGUAGUGUUGUGGCGUCUCUCUUUAUGUAGUGUUGUGGUGUCUCUCUUUAUGUAGUGUUGUGGUGUCUCUCUUUAUGUAGUGUUGUGGUGUCUCUCUUUAUGUAGUGUUGUGGUGUCUCUCUUUAUGUAGUGUUGUGGCGUCUCUCUUUAUGUAGUGUUGUGGUGUCUCUCUUUAUGUAGUGUUGUGGUCUCUCUUUAUGUAGUGUUGUGGCGUCUCUCUUUAUGUAGUGUUGUGGCGUCUCUCUUUAUGUAGUGUUGUGGUUGUCCUCUUUAUGUAGUGUUGUGGUGUCUCUCUUUAUGUAGUGUUGUGGUGUCCUCUUUAUGUAGUGUUGUGGUGUCUCUCUUUAUGUAGUGUUGUGGUGUCUCUCUUUAUGUAGUGUUGUGGUGUCUCUCUUUAUGUAGUGUUGUGGUGUCUCUCUUUAUGUAGUGUUUGUGGCGUCUCUCUUUAUGUAGUGUUUGUGGUGUUUCUCUUUAUGUAGUGUUGUGGUGUCUCUCUUUAUGUAGUGUUGUGGUGUCUCUCUUUAUGUAGUGUUGUCUCUCUUUAAUGUUAGUGUUUGUGGUGUCCUCUCUUUAUGUAGUGUUGGUGGGCGUCUCUCUUUAUGUAGUGUUGUGGUGUCUCCUUUUAUGUAGUGUUGUGGUGUCUCUAUGUAGUGUUGUGGGUCUCUCUUUAUGUAGUGUUGUGGUGUCUCUCUCUCUUAUGUAGUGUUGUGGUGUCUCUCUCUCUUUAUGUAGUGUUGUGGUGUCUCUCUCUCUCUUUUAUGUAGUCUUGUGGGUGCUCUCUUUAUGUAGUGUUGUGGUCUCUCUUUAUGUAGUGUUAUGGUGUCUCUCUCUCUUUAUGUAGUGUUGUGGUGUCUCUCUCUUUUUAUGUAGUGUUGUGGUGUCUCUCUUUAUGUAGUUGUUGUGGCGUCUCUCUUUAUGUAGUGUUUGUGGUGUCUUCUUUAUGUAGUGUUUGUGGUGUCUCUCUCUCUUUAUGUAGUGUUGUGGUGUCUCUCUCUCUUUAUGUAGUGUUGUGGUGUCUCUCUUUAUGUAGUGUUGUGGUCUCUCUUUAUGUAGUGUUGUGGUGUCCUCUUUAUGUAGUGUUGUGGUGUCUCUCUUUAUGUAGUGUUGUGGUGUUCUCUCUCUUUAUGUAGUGUUGUGUGUCUCUCUCUCUUUAUGUAGUGUUGGGGUGUCUCUCUCCUCUCUCUCUUUAUGUAGUGUUGUGGUGUCUCUCUUUAUGUAGUGUUGUGGUGUCUCUCUUUAUGUAGUGUUGUGGUGUCUCUCUCUCUUUAUGUAGUGUUGUGGCGUCUCUCUUAUGUAGUGUUUGUGGUGUCUCUCUUUAUGUAGUGUUGUGGUGUCUCUCUUUAUGUAGUGUUGUGGUGUCUCUCUCUCUUUAUGUAGUGUUGUGGUGUCCUCUUUAUGUAGUGUUGUGGUGUCUCUCUCUCUUUAUGUAGUGGUUGUGGCGUCUCUCUUUAUGUAGUGUUGUGGCGUCUCUCUAUGUAGUGUUGUGGUGUCUCUCUUUAUGUAGUGUUGUGGUCUCGUCUUUAUGUAGUGUUGUGGUGUCUCUCUUUAUGUAGUGUUGUGGCGUCUCUCUUUAUGUAGUGUUUGUGUCGUCUCCUCUUUAUGUAGUGUUGUGGUUGUCUCUCUUUAUUAGUUGUUGUGGUGUCUCUCUUUAUGUAGUGUUGUUGGCGUCUCUCUUUAUGUAGUGGUUGUGGCGUCUCUCUUUAUGUAGUGUCGUGGUGUCCUCUCUUUAUGUAGUGUCGUGGUGUCUCUCUCUCUUUAUGUAGUGUCGUGGUGUCUCUCUCUAUGUAGUGUUGUGGUGUCUCUCUCACUUUAUGUAGUGUUGUGGUGUCCUCUCUUUAUGUAGUGUUGUGGUGUCUCUCUCUCUUUAUGUAUGUGUUUGUGGUCUCGCUGUAUGGUAGUGUUGUGGUCUCUCUGAAUGUAGUGUUGUGGUGUCUCUCUCUCUUUAUGUAGUGGUUGUGGUGUCUCUCUUUAUGGUAGUGUUGUCUCUCUUUAUGUAGUGUUGUGGUGUCUCUAUGUAGUGUUGUGGUGUCUCUCUCUCUUUAUGUAGUGUUGUGUGUCUCUCUCUCUUUAUGUAGUGUUGUGGUGUCUCUCUUUAUGUAGUGUUUUGUCUCUCUUAUGUGUGUUGUCUCUCUUUAUGUAGUGUUUGUGGCGUCUCUCUUUAUGUAGUGUUUGUGGGUCCUCUCUUUAUGUAGUGUUGUGGUGUCUCUCUCUCUUUAUGUAGUGUUGUGGCGUCUCUCUUUAUGUAGUGUUGUGGCGUCUCUCUAUGUAGUGUUGUGGUGUCUCUCUUUAUGUAGUGUUGUGGUCUCUCUUUAUGUAGUGUUGUGGUGUCUCUCUUUAUGUAGUGUUGUGGCGUCUCUCUUUAUGUAGUGUUGUGUCGUCUCUCUUUAUGUAGUGUUGUGGUGUCUCUCUUUAUGUAGUGUUGUGGUGUCUCUCUUUAUGUAGUGUUGUGGCGUCUCUCUUUAUGUAGUGUUGUGGCGUCUCUCUUUAUGUAGUGUCGUGGUGUCUCUCUUUAUGUAGUGUCGUGGUGUCUCUCUCUCUUUAUGUAGUGUCGUGGUGUCUCUCUCUAUGUAGUGUUGUGGUGUCUCUCUCACUUUAUGUAGUGUUGUGGUGUCUCUCUUUAUGUAGUGUUGUGGUGUCUCUCUCUCUUUAUGUAGUGUUGUGGUCUCUCUGUAUGUAGUGUUGUGGUCUCUCUGAAUGUAGUGUUGUGGUGUCUCUCUCUCUUUAUGUAGUGUUGUGGUGUCUCUCUUUAUGUAGUGUUGUCUCUCUUUAUGUAGUGUUGUGGUGUCUCUUAUGUAGUGUUGUGGUGUCUCUCUCUCUUUAUGUAGUGUUGUGGUGUCUCUCUCUCUUUAUGUAGUGUUGUGGUGUCUCUCUUUAUGUAGUGUUGUCUCUCUUUAUGUAGUGUUGUCUCUCUUUAUGUAGUGUUGUGGCGUCUCUCUUUAUGUAGUGUUGUGGUGUCUCUCUUUAUGUAGUGUUGUUGUGUCUCUUAUGUAGUGUUGUGGUGUCUCUCUUUAUGUAGUGUUGUGGUGUCUCUCUUUAUGUAGUGUCGUGGUGUGUCUCUCUCUCUUUAUGUAGUGUCGUGGUGUCUCUCUCUCUUUAUGUAUGUCCGUGGUGUCUCUCUCUCUUUAUGUAGUGUCGUGGUGUCUCUCUUUAUGUAGUGUUGUGGUGUCUCUCUUUAUGUAGUGUCGUGGUGUCUCUCUUUAUGUAGUGUCGUGGUGUCUCUCUCUCUUUAUGUAGUGUCGUGGUGUCUCUCUCUAUGUAGUGUUGUGGUGUCUCUCUCACUUUAUGUAGUGUUGUGGUGUCUCUCUUUAUGUAGUGUUGUGGUGUCUCUCUCUCUUUAUGUAGUGUUGUGGUGUCUCUCUCUUUAUGUAGUGUUGUGGUGUCUCUCUUUAUGUAGUGUUGUGGUGUCUCUCUCUCUCUCUUUAUGUAGUGUUGUGGUCUCUCUGAAUGUAGUGUUGUGGUGUCUCUCUCUCUUUAUGUAGUGUUGUGGUGUCUCUUUAUGUAGUGUUGUGGUGUCUCUCUUUAUGUAGUGUUGUGGCGUCUCUCUUUAUGUAGUGUUGUGGUGUCUCUCUCUCUCUCUUUAUGUAGUGUUGUGGCGUCUCUCUUUAUGUAGUGUUGUGGUGUCUCUCUCUCUUUAUGUAGUGUUGUGGUGUCUCUUUAUGUAGUGUUGUGGCGUCUCUCUUUAUGUAGUGUUGUGGUGUCUCUCUCUCUUUAUGUAGUGUUGUGGUGUCUCUCUUUAUGUAGUGUUGUGGUGUUAUUCUCUAUCCCAGCCCCCGUCCCCGCAGGAGGCCUUUUGCCUUUUGGUAGGCCGUCAUUGUAAAUAAGAAUUUGUUCUUAACUGACUUGCUUAUUUAAAUAAAGGUAAACAAAUAUAUAUAUAUAUAUAUCACACUGAACAGAGAAGACACUGUAACUCUAUUGGAGAGAGAUGAGAGAGAGGGGGAGGAGCUAGAGGGAGAAGACUAACUAUGCUGUCUUUCUCUGGCUCAUUAUUCCAAUCACGAGUACUGGAGGACUAGUCUGGGAGGGUGUGUUGGGGGGAGUCUGGGAGGGUGUGUUGGGGGGAGUCUGGGAGUGUGUGUUGGGGGGAGUCUGGGAGGGUGUGUUUGGGGGGAGUCUGGGAGUGUGUGUUGGGGGGAGUCUGGGAGGGUGUGUUGGGGGAGUCUGGGAGGGUGUGUUGGGGGAGUGUGUUGGGGGAGUCUGGGAGUGUGGUUGGGGGAGUCUGGGAGGGUGUGUUGGGGGGAGUCUGGGGAGAGGGUGUGUUGGUGGGGGAGUCGGGAGGGUGUUUGGGGGGAGUCGGGAUGGGUGUGUUGGGGGAGUCUGGGAGGGUGUGUUGGGGGGAGUCUGGGAGGGUGUGUUGGGGGAGUCUGGGAGGGUGUGUGAUGAAUAAUGAAUCUCGGUACUGCCACCUGUUGAUGGAAAGUUAAUAAUCCCAUAUCUACCUUCUAGCAUUACCACCUGUUAAUAAUCCCCGAUCUGCCUUCUAGCAUUACCACCUGUUAAUAAUCCCAUAUCUGCCUUCUAGCAUUACCACCAGUUAAUAAUCCCAUAUCUACCUUCUAGCAUUACCACCUGUUAAUAAUCCCAUAUCUGCCUUCUAGCAUUACCACCAGUUAAUAAUCCCAGAUCUGCCUUCUAGCAUUACCACCUGUUAAUAAUCCCAUAUCUGCCUUCUAGCAUUACCACCAGUUAAUAAUCCCAGAUCUGCCUUCUAGCAUUACCACCAGUUAAUAAUCCCAGAUCUGCCUUCUAGCAUUACCACCAGUUAAUAAUCCCAGAUCUGCCUUCUAGCAUUACCACCAGUUAAUAAUCCCAGAUCUGCCUUCUAGCAUUACCACCAGUUAAUAAUCCCAGAUCUGCCUUCUAGCAUUACCACCAGUUAAUAAUCCCAGAUCUGCCUUCUAGCAUUACCACCAGUUAAUAAUCCCAGAUCUGCCUUCUAGCAUUACCACCAGUUAAUAAUCCCAGAUCUGCCUUCUAGCAUUACCACCAGUUAAUAAUCCCAGAUCUGCCUUCUAGCAUUACCACCAGUUAAUAAUCCCAGAUCUGCCUUCUAGCAUUACCACCAGUUAAUAAUCCCAGAUCUGCCUUCUAGCAUUACCACCAGUUAAUAAUCCCAGAUCUGCCUUCUAGCAUUACCACCAGUUAAUAAUCCCAGAUCUGCCUUCUAGCAUUACCACCUGUAACUGUCUCUGGAGGAGUUCAUUAAGGUUAAUAUAACCUGACUGUCUCCUGUUGUGUUUCUCCAGGUAAACUGUCUCUGGAGCAGUUCAUUAAGGGUUAAUAUAACCUGACUGUCUCCUGUUGUUGUGUUUCUCCAGGUAAACUGUCUCUGGAGGAGUUCAUUAAGGGUGCUAAAAGUGACCCCUCCAUCGUGCGUCUGUUACAGUGUGACCCCAGCAGCGCUGGACAGUUCUAA